UAUUCUUAUCACAACAAACUGGAACUAAAAUAAAAGGAGUGAUAAUUGCCUCGUAUUUAGAUUUAGAUCACCGUUUUUCUUUCACACCAAUGUUCCUUAUAAUUUGAAAAUGAUACAAAUGUCAGUAUCGCGUCUAAAACUGUUGCAUUACUUUAAUGAAAGUCUACCAGUUUUUCCCACCAGUUAAGAAGUUACUUAUCAUAAGAUGUCAACUGGAACAAAUCUUGUUGUUCCUGUGGUGUUGUGGGGUAAAAAUCCUCCCACCCACUGCAUAUCCACCGUUUUUCUCUCUGAUGAUCAGUGCUCUCUGGUUACCGGCUGUUAUGAUGGUCAAGUUUGCAUAUGGCAGGUGGAUCCUGAAACUUUAAAUAUGACGCCGAGAUGUCUUCUUGUCGGACACACAGCACCCAUCCUAUGUUUAGCCAAAGCAAGUAUUGCAGAUGAAAAUAAUUACAUCAUUAGUUCCUCUGAAAGCGGGGAGAUGUGCACAUGGGAUUUAGUAGACGGUAAAUGUAAGGAAGUUGCAAAACUGCCCUAUGUUCACACGCAUAUUCAGUCAUACUGUGUCAAUGGAUGCAGUGAUGUCUGGCUAUUUUGCAACGGUUACUAUGCAGAAGUUCUAAUAAUGGAUCCGUUUAGUUUAGAGAUAAUGUUUUCUCUUGUCUCAAGAGUUAACCCCGAUUGGAUUAGUGCCCUACACGUUUUGAGACCCAUCAAAAGGAAAGACGACGUCGUCCUUGCACUAACCACAACGGGAGUUGUAAAGGUAUGGACUUUGACUGGCAACGAAACAAAAACAUCUGAAUCUAUUUAUGAGAACGAGAGCAAACCAAUUAGGUGUUUAAAUGCUCUGACAAUGACUUGCUGUGCUCAAAAUCAACGCACUGUGCUUAUAGUCUGUUCAAAAUAUUGGCAGAUCUAUGAUGCGGGUGACUUCUCAGUACUGUGCUCAGUUAUGCCUCCAAGAAGCGAACGUUGGCAAGGAGGUGAAUUCCUAUCUCCUGAGCGAGUCCUAGUGUGGUCAGAUGAAGGGAAAGGCUAUCUUUACAAACUUCCUGCCAAUAGUGUUGCAGAUAAUGCGGAAUUCCACAAACAGUCCAAUGAUGGAGACACCCCGUUCCUGUACUGUGUUCUAUCCUUUGCACCAGAAAAACCGUUAUCGUGUCCUCCAUCCACAAUAUUUUUUAAUUCCUCAAAACAUGGAAAGUUGCUCAUCCGUGGUGAUUCAGAAGGUUGUGUAGCUGUCUGGUCAGUUCCUGACAUAAACGAUGCUCAACUAAUUCAGAGUAAACAGGAAAAUACUCUCAAACCUCAAGAAAAAAGUCCAUUUUACGUUACUAGUCUUACAUCUCAAUGGUUGGCAAUGAAACCUCCUCCUGUUGGAAUUCUGGAUCAGCUCCCUGGUAUUAAACUGACGGCUAGUAUUUACCUGCCCCAACAAAGUCGUUUAGUUGUUGGCCGAGAAGACGGUUCAAUUGUAAUUGUUCCUGCUACACAAACUGUCAUGUUACAACUUCUCCAUGGAACCCAUCAGCAGUACGAUGAUUGGCCACCUCAUCAGUUGUUACUUGGACACGGAGGUCGAGUAAAUUGUCUCUUGUACCCACAUCACGUUCAUUCUCGAUAUGAUAAAACCCACCUUUUAUCUGGUGGCGUUGACUUCGCUGUUUGCCUAUGGGACCUUUAUGCAGGGACCCUUCUUCACCGUUUCUGUGUCCAUGCUGGUGAAAUAACACAAUUGUUGAUUCCACCCAAUAAUUGCAGUCCUCGUGUAACGAAAUGCAUUUGCUCUGUAGCAAGUGAUCACUCGGUGACUCUCUUAAGUUUAACAGAAAGAAAAUGUGUAGUCCUUGCUUCCAGACACUUGUUUCCUGUUAUCACAAUUAAAUGGCGACCUUUAGAUGACUUCAUGAUUGUGGGCUGUUCAGAUGGCACUGUUUAUGUUUGGCAAAUGGAAACAGGUCACUUGGACAGAGUUUUACACGGAAUAAGCGCAGAAGAUGUUCUGUAUGCCUGUGAUGAAAAUACAUCCACCUCUGGCUCUGUAGAAUCAGGGCUAGCCAAUCCUGCUGUUCACUUUUUACGAGGACUUCGCCAUCGUAAUAUAUCAGCGAUUCGACAUGCUACCCAGAGGGGUCUACACCAACUGCAACAGUUGCAUCACUCUACUCACCGUGAUGGUAUGGAGCAGCAUAAGUCAAGAGCCUCACCACUUAUGAUUCAAGGUUUGAGAACAAAUCCUAAAGAUCCUGAAAGCCACAUCUUGUGUUUUGACAUCGAAGCCUUAAUUGUCCAACUCUUGAGUGAGGAGUACAAUGCUAUGUCUCCAACAACUCUUGAGGCUCAAGGCCUGAUCAACACGACUGAAUACCAAAAAGUAGCAGCUCUCACUCAAUCUGUCUCUCCUGAUGCUCACAAGAAAAUAGCUGAUUUCUUCGGAAAAGUUAAAGAUAAGGCUGAAAACAUGGAAAAAAUCCUGAAGGAAAAAGACAAACAUGGUAUCCUAGCAAAAAUGAAGGAGGGAGCUGAGCAGGUGCAGACGAAGCUGCAAGCGAAAGUUGAAGGUUUAAAAUCCUCUUCUACCGACUCCAAAGGAGGAAGUGGUUCAGACACAAAUAGGACUAAAGUCUGCGAAGUGAAUUUGACUUUAGAAAUAGCACAGUUGCUGUUAUCCUUGCUCCAUGCUUGGGGUUUAGACCCAGAUCUAGACAAAGUUUGCGAGACGAAACUCGGACUUCUCAGACCCAUGAUCCCCGUCUCGUUUGGUGUCCUGUCAAAAGGAGGUUACAUGAGCCUUCUGAUGCCAACUUGGCAGCCAUGGAAGGAACAAAACAAACUGGAAAAUGUACCGAGUGCUCUUGAAGCGGAUUUACCGCCAGAAAUGGUGGAGUUGGAACGCGCCACGCGACUCUUCACAGCACAUAUUCAUUGGGAAUUGAGUAUCACACUUACAAGCAACCAUCUACUCGCCAUAAUCGCUCUAGCCAAUACCUUAAUGUCCAUGAACAAUGCUUCUUUCGUGACUGAUCAGGAAAGGAAUAGAAAAUUACAAAGACAAAGCACAAGAGGCUGGAGACCAGAUGAAGCGACGGAAGAACUGGUAACCGCACAGCAAACUCAAAUAAAACAGGGUUGGUCUUUGCUAGCAACACUGCAUUGUGUUUUACUACCUGACAAAGUUAGUAGUCCUCAGUUCAAGAAGCCACAAAUUGAAAUGAUGGCUCGGCGCUGGCAACAUCACUGUUUGGAGGUAAGAGAUGCUGCUCAGGCCUUACUUUUAGCCGAAUUGACGCGGCUUGGAAGCAAGGGAAGAAAAACUCUCGUUGACUACUGGGCCCAGUAUUUGCCAACGUACAAUGCCUCGGACAAUUCUCACCCACCAACACCAAUGCCAGUCAUAACUCAAGGAAGCAAUAUUGAAACUGCUCAUCACGAGGAAGAAAUUGAAGAUGAUGAUGAAGGAGUUGAAGAACUGACAACCCGUAAACCAUCCUCAGCUGCAGAGUUGCGCCGCAAACAAACAACAGCUGUAGUAUUGCUAGGAGUAAUUGGCUCAGAAUUUGGACAAGAUAUUGCAGCGGACGGUUCAGGGAAGCGAAGUGAAGACCAAAGGCGGAAAAGCUCAGUUGUUGUCGAAGGUUUUGGCAUCGGGAAUAAUAAUUUGGCUCGUCUCACUAGUUUAGCACUGACCCAUUUACUUCUGGCACCAGCCAAUCCACGACUUCCACUUCAUACAUCAUUACGACGAGCAGCAGUGGAUUUACUCGGUCGGGGUUUCACCGUUUGGGAACCGUAUCUUGAUGUCAGUCGAAUUUUGCUUGGACUUCUAGAAUUAUGUUGUAAUUCUGACAAAUUGGCACCAAGCAUGACGUACGGUCUACCUCUCACUCCAGCGGCUGACUCAUGUCGGACAGCGAGACAUGCACUAACACUGAUAGCCUCAGCCAGGCCAGCCGGUUUCAUUACAACAAUGGCCAAAGAGGUCGCACGAUACAACACCAUGCAGCAGAACGCGCAGACUUUGAAUAUAAAUGUACAUAAUUCAGUUUUGCAUCGUGCUAAACCAGAAAUUCUUAGAGCAGUUGAGCUUCUUAUCGAGAAGAUGCAUAACGAAAUGCAAGAUCUCUUGAUUGAGGUCAUGGACAUAAUUCUUCAUUGUGUCGAUCCGGGGCAUUUGAAAACAAGUGGUCUGUCAGAAAUCUUCCCGGCUGUCACUCGUUUCAACCAAAUUGGUCACUGCACUGCUACUCGUCGAAUUGCUGUUGGGGCCAAAAAUGGUGCCAUAGCUUUGUACGAACUUCGCUCAUCUAAAUGUCAGAUGAUAGCCGCUCAUGGAGCAGCCAUUUCAGCCUUAGCUUUUUCGCCUGAUGGCAAAUUCCUUGUGUCAUACAGUUCUGGAGAAAACCGGCUAUCUUUUUGGCAGACAUCAACAGGAAUGUUUGGUCUUGGCAACAGUCAAACAAAAUGUACAAAAUCCUAUAGCACAUCACCUGUAGCUGAAAUGUCAAGGUUAAACCCUACACGACUGCCGAAACUUAUCUGGAUGAAUAAUCGUACUGUUACUUUAAUGCUCGCUGACGGUUCAGAAACACGGUUCAAUGUCUAAGGUCAACGUUGUUUUUGUAAAUUUAGAGGAUGGAUCUGUUUUCGCAGUAACUCGUUUAACUGCUUCUUUGUUGCUUUCUUUAUGACAAUAACUUUGUCCCCUUAUUGUUUCAUUCAUUAUUACAUUGUACAUUAUUGUUUAUUGUUUAAAUCCUGUUUUAUGUUAAUGUUAUCUGUUUGCGUACUUUACCAGUAAAAUUGUACCGUUGUAGAGAUUUCAACAAGAAGAAUAGUCCGUAAAAAUGGUUAAGAUUUUUUGAAUCUUCAUAUCUCUAUGUUUUAUUUGAUUUUAUUAUUUUGAGGUGGAGCUAUGAAAGUUUAUUAGCUUAGAGCAUUUAUCGUUAAAAGUUAAGAAGUAACUGCAAAACUGUCUGAAUGGAAGGGCAGACUUAUCUGCAUUUAAGAUUUUAAAAUUUCCUUUGAAGUUUUAUUCUUCAAAAGUUCAACGUGCAACUUAAAGGAGAUAUGAAAAUUUGAUAGUAAAAGUUGAAAUGCAUGUAUCUUGAUGGAGUUGUUUUAAGAUCUUUCCCUUUGCUUUAAUUUCUCGAAAAAAACAAGUGGACUUUAUUUUUUGAAAUUUCUACACAAUAUUCUAUACAAAAUGAAGAAUAAUCAUUAAACAUGACACAAAAUGAGCUUUCUUUUGAAAAAAUAAAAUUAAACAAAAAAUCCGUAUCAUUACGAAUUGAGGUACACGUCUUUCAACUUUCACCUUUGAAUUUCUACUUUGCAUGGUAUGUGCUCAAGUUUUCAAGUACUGUGCCACCAAAUGAUGAAGAUGUUUUGAUACGGAGGCUUUAGUUUUUUAAUGAUCAAACGAAAACAUCUUAUGAACACUUUGCACUAUUUAUAGUUCUAUUUAUUAGUGAAAUUGUCAUAGGAAGUUUGAAUUCUAUGGAAAUGCGUGGAAUAGGAAUACCCAGCUACUAUUUUUAGAAGGAUGGAGAGUGCAAAAAUUUAGAAAGUCCGUUUCUUUAGUUGAACAAUUCUUUUUGCCUCAAACCUCAAGCUUGUCUGCUCCCCACUUAAUGAAGAUUUCCAGAAGAGUUUUUAGGCAUAGAAAACCCCCAUUGUUCUCUUCUAUUCAAGUGUUGAACUAGUUCCUGUCUCAAUUUUAUCAGUAGUCAUUUUUGACGAUAGUUUGGCUGUUUGUUAAGUCUCUGAAUGUACCAGCGUCCUUCUGAUACUUCAGCAUCAUACUUUCUCUGAAAUUACCUAAGCCUUAAAACUUGUGUCAAAAAAUUUUGAUCGGAAAUCGUAUUUAGAAAACUAGAGGGAAAAAGUACACACCGUUAUAAAGGUAUCAUGAAAAAUAUUUUCAAACCAGAAGGUUCUCUGUUUAUGCCGUUUGGGAAAUUUGUGCAACCAUGGACCCACUGAUUUUUUCUCCCGGCUGAGACGCAAGUAUAAAAAACCACUAAACCUGCAAUGUUAGGAAAAAAUUGCAAAAAACACUGUCCAGGUCAAAACAUUUUACUUAAGUCAGAACAUUCCUUCCCAUUUCCAUGUUUUCGAAUCGGAACCUAAUAAAUUUCAUAGUGCACUUUCCUCCUAUUAGACUGAUGAGUGGAUGUUAAGGUAGUUUGCAGUAAACCAAUUGAAUAAUGAUAGCAACCACAACCAUGCCUUACAGAAUUAGAUUUUUUUUUUGUAUUAUCCAAUUUUUAUAACCAUGUUUGCAAAAAAUUAGCAAAAUUUAAACUUUCAAUUUUCUCUUAUCAUCAUUGAAUGUAAGAGGUAGUCCAGUAGAUGUUUGAUGCUUUGCUGUAUAGUGCAAUAGUUGUAAGUUUAGACUAAUGAAGAAAAUUAUAUGGUUCAUCCAGAAAGAACCCUUCCUGACAUUCUUGGCCCAGUAGAUAGAAUUGUCUCUUUGAAUUAAAUUACAAAAUUCCGCACCCAUGAGUGAGAUGAGAUCAAAAUUGUCUCCCUCCUUUCCUCAAACUAAUAUCAUCUGAAUUAAUGGAAGCAGCAAAAGCAGUGAUCUUACCGCUCAUAUUGAUGGCCAAAGUGCAGAACUACGUCUCUCUGUUCGCAACGUUGCAGAUUUCCUGUCUUAUUUUAUUCUUUCGUAGGAAAACUAGUCAAAGUAAUUCCUUGAAAACUCCCUUGUUUUUUCCUCUCUGUCAGCAGAAUAUUUUGUACAGAUUUCAAGUUAAAAAGUUGGCUUGUUUCUCCUUGAGAAAAUAAAAUAAGAGCGGAAAUUUUGAAACACCACAUUAUGUGGUCUUACACCCUGGCAACCCAUACGUACCUUCUUUAAAACUAAAGAAAGGGACUAACUCAUAGUAGAAAUUUUCUGACGCAAACAUUUUAAUGUGCUUAAAGAAUGUUACCCAUGUCUCUCUACAUGAGUAAAAUGUGAACAUUGAGGAAUUGCAUGUCAUUUUUACUGCUGAUUGUGUAGUUUUGCAAAAUCUAAUUUUGAAAUCUUCAUGUAAGAAACCCUGUCAAAUGAAAUGAAUAAUCCCUCUUUCAGAAAAUUAUUACUUUUGCAAAAUCAAAAAUGCGAGUCGUGUCUUGUGAUAAGUGACCGUUUGAUUUUCUUCUACGAAACUGUGUUUAAUUUUAGCUUUAAUGAGGAGUGAGAAAUGUUUAAGAAAGGUCAUUUUUUCUUACUUAGUAUCAAUCAAUUUGCUUCGAAUCUAGUUCAGUUAAACCAAUCAGUUUUACGGUGUGAAAAAUAUUUAUGCAGCUAGAAGAGAUUUUUGAGACUCUGUGUGGGAUUUUCAGUAUGAUUUUGAAGUCCAUCCCUAAUGGUGUCUUCAACAGUCUGCGGCCAUGGGGGCAAAAUUUGAAACCCUUGUCAAAAAAUAAAUGAACUUUUCAUGGUUCUCAGAAAGGUGAGCAGAUGCAACAAUUUUUGCUUUCCUGCUCAUCACUUCCCCCGGUCGAUAGAUAUCAAGCAUGAUAAAAGGGUCACUGUGAAAUUACAAAGAGAAAAAAAGUAACAUUUCUCUUGGUUCUUCUUGAUGCCUCUGUUGUCCAGUCAUAUUUUAACAUGGUAUAGCCAGUACUCUCACUUUUUCACUUUACUCUUGUUUGUUACUCCUGUCAAUCAUGGUCAGUAGAAAGUGUUUUCUCAUGUGUAUAAUUGUAAAUCACCCUCGUGUAAAUAUGGAUGUUAUAGAUUUUGGACUUGUUAAGAAAUCCGAGUUGUCAGCGAUAUUUUGCUUCUCUUGACAUGCUGACUAUUUUGUUGUUUGCCAGAACCAGCUACUAUACUCUGUAUCCUCUUUGUGACCAUAAUGUUAAUGUUUUAGAGGAGGAAAUAUACGUGGAGGUAUGGGAAAGUCAACCAAGACACGUUCCUCGAAAGUCAGGACUUUCGUAGAUUUGAAGAGAGUGCUCUUUUAAAUUGUUUUUCAAUACUAAGUAAGAAUCUAUUUUCUUUAAAUAUUGCAAGCUCUAAGUAAGCAUUUUUCAUUCUAAUUUUUAGGAAAUAAAUUCGAUUACCAAAAUGAACCAUCUCAAAUGACUGUAAGCAGUAUUGUGUGCGUGAAAUUUCAAGUCAAAGCUGGAAUUUAAUUAUUUUUUCCUAGUGGAAAAUUAAUAUUUAUUUUGAAAAAUUAUAUUGAAUUAUCAAAUGAUAGUCUUGGUGUUCGAGAAACAUCAGUUUCCUCUUUGUCCACUUUUAAUGAAAGUUGCUGAUCUUGAUUACGACAAAUAAUGAUGAGCAAUAGUGGAUAAAAUUAUCCUAAUUAAAUACCAAGCUUGACGAAAAAUUUUCCUUGAACUGAAGCAAUGUUGCCAUAAAGAAUUAUUGAGGAUCCCUGAAUUUUCCCUGGCCAAGUUUCCACUUAUCAAGAAAUAACUUUUUUGAGAAGUGUUAACAAUAAAAUGAGUUGAAUGACAUGUAGUUGCUGGUAACAGCAACACGACAUGCAUUCCACAAGAAAUAGAAAAUAAUAAGGGUUUCUAUAAUUCAAUGGAUCACUAGUGCCAGAAUAAUUGUAACAUAAAAUUUUUUUGUAAGUAUUUACAUUGAGGAGAGGAAUCAAAGUAUUUAGAAGUGUCAAUAGCCGCAAACCUUACAUGAUUUGUACCGACAGGUCAAAAUCAAUUGCAUUUGAUUUGCUUUUAGUUUUUUGUUUUUUCUCGUGUUGUGUCUCACAAAAUCAGGCUCAAACAAAGUAAAUUAAGUAUAAAUCAAGUCAAGCCCUCAAGCUUACUUUUUGCACAGCAAGUAAAGCGCUAGGUGCAGAAAGAGCAUUUUUUGGUUGCGGUGUCUCAGGAUCUCCGUUAACAUUUCAUCCACCAUAAGUAAAGCAAAUGCAUGGAAUUUGUUAAAACAUUUACUGAAUUUUCUUUAUUAUUUUACAAUUCUGAAAACGAAAAAUUGCAGAAAAUUCACCCAAUAGUUUCCUCUCUAAAAUGUAAGUUAGCAAAAGAGACUCUUAAACACUGCAACCAAGAAAUUCCCUCUCUGCACUCAACGCCUCACGUGUAACUAUCAUUCUCACAGCACAUUCUCUAGCAGGCAUUAGACAAUUGCAUUUGAUUUAAUGGAAAUAUUUGAUGUCUGUUAACAUUUCUAGAAUAUACAACAAUGUUUUCAUCCUAAUUUGCAAAUUGAUAUUGAUUUGAGGUACCAGAAUCGUCAAAUAAUUUUUUUGAAUUCACUGAAGUUAAUCAAGAUAAUUAUUGAGGUUAACUACACAGCUGUCAAGGCUGUCAAUAGUGUAAAGCAAAAUAUUGUUUGUGAUUCUAGAACUUCGCCAUAAAAAACAAAUGUUUUCGCUUGGGCCAAUUUGAUAUUGCGCAAAGCAAUAGCAAUAUCAGGAUGCAGCAAUGGUUCAGAGUUUUACUGGAAAAAUGCCAGAAGACACGAUCAGUACUCAAAUAUAUAUUGCUUUCAGCAAACUCACUAUUAUAGCAUUUGUAUUUUAUUUUGAUUCGUUACUUUUUUAAAAAACCAUUGAGGUGUACUAUUUUCAAAAUGUAUCAAUAUUGAUACGGCAUUAGAGUAAAGAAUUUUUUCUCUCUUUCUUUUUCUCUAUGGUUCCGAACAAAUCAGUAUUAUAAAAAUUCAUCUAUCUAACUCAAUUUUUUUUCUUUUUGCAUUUUUCCCUAGUGAUAAAGUAUCAUAAAAAAUUGUGUUUUUGCAGCUGAACAUUUUUUUUACUUUUUUUCUCAGCUGCUGAAUUUUGAUGUACACAAAAUCCACUCCUGCGGUAGACGCUAAGGGACUCCUAUUUUUCUCAUGUUAAAUUAAAAAAGCUUAGCUCUAAUCUUAUUCCUAAAUUUAGGGCCAACCUUUCAUCAGGACUGCAUAGGGUGGACACAGAAUCUGGAAUUGUAAUUUAGUUAUGAAUGUAGCUUGCAUUUUAGGAUAGGACAACCUUUCUAUGUAUUACAUUCCAUUUGUGUUUUUAUUCCUAAGUUUUGUUUUUGUCUUUUACGUAAUCUGAAUUCUAAUUUCAAAUUUUUGUCUGCUGACUCACUAUACUUUCUAAUAUCUGUGAACCCCUGCGCGAACACUUAAUUUUUCUCCCUUUUACCAAGAAGAGGACCUUUUUUUUUCAUUUUUGGUACCUUCUGUUCAAAAACAUUAUCCUCUCCCCCUUUACCACCAAAAGUAACACAAAAUUGAGAGUGUCCAUUUUAUCUGUACAAAUUUUACCCACCUAAGGAUAACUGCUUUUUUUCUUCUUUUAUUUGACCUCAACGGUUGGUAAUAAAUUAUUGUGUUCACUACUAUCUAAAAAUAGGAAAUAUUUUAUUCGAUACCUAACUAGAGAGAAAAAGUAAUUAAGAUUGUGGUGAAAUGAUCAGGGGGUCAGAAUUUGUGAUUCCUUGCUGCAUUUUAAUGAUUUUAUUUCAGUUUCCUGAAACUUUAAAGUAUGGGUAUGAAAAAGAAUUGGAGUAGGAAAUUAGAAUAUUGGUAAAAAUUUAUCAUCAUUAUUAUUAUUUCUGUAUCAUUUAUUUUUCAGUUUCUCUUUAUACAUCAUUGUCCCUGCAUCAUAAGCAGAACGUUGUGAGUUUCUUUUAGGUGUAUCCGUUCUGGAAAGACGGUGAAUUAGUAAGGGGGAAUAAGCUUCCAUAACAGAGUUACAGGAUUAGGAGGAUCAUGACCUUAGCUCUAAAAAUAAUUUUAUUAAUGCAUCAAAAGUUCAUGGUCAACUUCAAAAAAUGAAAACAUAAAGUUUUCAAGUUUCAAUUGUUUCCAUGUCCCUUUCUUCCUUCCUUUUUUUAUUUUUCCUUCCUGUUUUUUUUCUUCUUUUUUUUCCUUAAUAUUUUCCUAUUAUUUAGCAGUAUAAAAACUGCAGGAUUCUACUUUCCUUCGAAAGGAGAAAGAAAAAGUAUGGGUGUGUUUUAUGGAACACGAUGUAUGAGACUUUAAAUUCCUUCUUUCACUAUGUACUCUAAUGACGUAGAAGUAUCAGAUUAACGAAUGUACUCUUAUUAGAAGCACACAAAACCUUGUCCACAUAGAGAGCAUAAUUUCUAAAGCUCCAGUUGGCUUUUCCAAUGAAACAAUAUUUUCAUUUUGUUUGCAGAAAAGCUUACUCCAAGUCUUCAAACCCCAGCCAAUACCAUUUUUUGGUAUAAUUUUUCACUAUUUUGAUGUGAAGUAAUGCAAAAUUUACUUUUUGAUUCUUCUGUGUAGUUUUUUAUAAUCCAAUCACCAUUUUUUAUCCGAACCUGCAACCAAAAUUUAAAAAGCAGGAUAUUCAGUUUAAGUCUUAAGUUGAAUUUAGCACUUAACUCGAUCCAAUACCACAAUUUUCCUUUAAUAAGCAGUUAAGGAGUUAAAAAUCAAAUGUACCGUAUCUUUUGAAACUUUUAAGUGAACACAUUUUAUUAAAUAAAACACACUCUAUACUGAAUUUCUUACGCACUGUUGUGUUGAUUAAUUUAAGAUGAUUUUGUGAUUUUGGACAGAGGAUUUUAUAAUCGCACGGCAAAUAAACAAAAAGAGAAUAUGAAAAAAUGUGUAAAUCAUGCUGUCUCUAAUUUAUUGAAAUUAUACCAAUACGCAUUGUAUCAUAAGUAAUUUGUUGAUAUUGUUAUGUUACAUAAAAAGAAAUUCACAGUUAUUAA